UCGCCCUAGACACUACUGUGAUGAAGCCUGUUCAUUCAUUGAUUUUCAGCUGCUUGAUCGUCCUUGCCAGCGUUCACAUAACAUUGGCGCAAAUACCUGCAUGUGCUGCUCAAGCUGUCUUCAACCUGUGUUUGCAAAACGAAGAUGGGUAUUUAAAAAUGUGCAGCAACGAAGAUUAUAAUUGUCUUUGCAAGUGGCAUACGGCCAAACUUGCGUGUUGGGAUAACUGUCCCAAUGACCCGGCAAGAAGCGCUCAAGAUGGACUUCAGCAAACGUUUUGCGCUAUUGCUAAAGCACACAAUAGCACGACUUCUGGACAACCCAGUAACCCUGCACCAAGCAUCACUUCCAGUGUGUUGGCGACGAUCUCCAUGACGAGCGCUCCCGGUAGUUCAACAUCCGUCUCCAAUAUUAUCCAUAUUCACUCGUUGGCCGCACCACUGUCGAUGCAUUCUUCCUUGAUGGCUGCUAUUCUAGGCGUUCUACUGCUUAUCUUGACGACGCAGUAAUUCAGCCUUCUUUUUGAAGACGAUUGUUCCUCAUUUAGAUCUUUUUUUUUUUUCUCUUCAGAUUUCUUUUGUUUUGCAUUUUUUCUUUUUAUAACGAUCUUAUUUGCUAAAGAUAAAAUAAACUUCAGCCUCGUUACUUGCGUCCCGUGCCACAUCAACAGCCAAAAGGCUAUUUUUUC